GAUGGCGUGUUAAAAAUGGAAAAAAAAUCGAUGUCAGAAUCGGUUUUUUUUGGCACCCUUACCAUGGUCCACACUGUGUCGUGGCCCUAAUGUUUAUCCAUCCUCCUGUGAUUCAAAAACGAAAGUCAAAGUUGUAGAAGUGAAUAUUUUUGAAUAAAUGGACACUAAAGCCGACAAAUUACAUAAAAGAGCAAUACGUGAUCAACAAAAACGCAUAAAACCUGGUGAAUGCCAGAAAUAUGUGCGUCUGGUCUUAGAUAGCGAGAUUCUGUAUUCAAACAUUCCAGGACUAGGUCUCCAAUUGCAAUUAGAAAUAGAACAGCUUCAACUAAAAUACGUAGUCCGCGACUUGCCGGCCAAAAUGUGCAUCAUUUGGGAACGCCAAUCAGGACAACGAGAAUUACUAUCCACCGAUGAUAUAGAGCAACAUUUGACCUCGCAAUGGGGCAUGGAGAACCAAGUAUUGCAGUUCCAUACAGCGCAAGAGCUGGGAAAGAGCAAACCAGUCAAGGAAAUUGUCCAGAAUCUCCGCACGCAUUUUCCAGACGCAAAACCUACAAUAGCAGUGUUGGCACGAGACGACAAAAGUUGUGAUUCGAAUAGUCAAACGGCUGCACUCAUUGAUUUGCAGGUAUUGCACCAAGUAGCUACUUUACAAGUGCCACCUAUGGCAAAGGAAGUAGCAGCAACGUUGCGACGUUUCACCAAGGCCAUCGCAGAAGCGCCAUACAAGCAACAAAAAUCCGAGUCAUUGGGGACUUUCAAAAAAUUCCUAGCAAACGACAAAAAACAAUGUGUGCGCGUAGUAGGAACCAGCGGCUUUGGGCGUUUGUGGCAACAGCAUUUGAACCGCCUACCAUUGGUCACCUUGGAAGUAGCAGAGACUAUAAUAGCCCAAUACCCAUGCCCAAAACGACUUUUGGACGCAUACGAACGAAAUGCAGCGGAAGAGAAGAAUACGAUGGCUGAUUUGAAAAUCAACCGCGCUGGUCCACAUCCUCUACAAGGGGAUAGGCGAAUUGGAAAUGUGCUGAGUGGGAAAUUAUAUCUUUUGUAUAAUAGUAGAGAUCCAAAUGCUGUUAUUUAGUACAUUUUCAAUAUUCAGUUGCAUCUUACUCUUAACAAAAACUGCGAAAUAAUUAAAAAUGAAUUUAUGGUAUUUUUAAUAUUUUAUAAUUGGUUUAUUCCUUUGCGUUUCUUAAGGUUAGGCAUACGUUAACAUCAGGCUUUUCAUCUAUGUAUGCAUGUAUGUAUGUAAUUAGUCAUUCGGUCAUUUAUUUUUAUAUGUUUAAUGUAAUACCUAGGACUAAUUAUCUAUAAGUUUAAUUAUUAAAUACCGUAAAUUAGAAUAUUAUUUGAUUAUACACAAUUGCUAAUAGUAUUUAUUAAUUAUAAUUAAAAAUCACAUAUUCGCAUAUUCCGUAAUUUUGUUAUACAAUAUUUACUAUAUUAAUUUUUGCUAUCAUUUGUUUUAGUAUAUAUUUGCUUAAGUAAUUUGACAAAUUGUACAUUGAAAACGAUGUGGCCACGACCGACUGCCAACCAAUUUAGAAAAAAUCGUAUUAAUUUUCUUAAUUCUGUCGUCCCUAAGCGAUUUAUCGCAUUGAGUAAAAAUAUAAUAUGCAAUACAAAUGUUUUUUAUUUAAAUUUUUUGAUUACUUGAGAAUAUAGAAAAUAAACUAACUGUUUUAUGAAGUCUACGUACACAUACUUAUGAAGAUAUUAAUUGAGUAUUAAAAUCUUAGCU